AUUGAAACCAUCUGUGUUUUUUUUUUAAAAAAAUUCCCAAUCUCUGGAAACAUUGGUUUGAUUUACGGGGAACGAAGAUACUUUUUUAAAAAAAAUCUUUUCAUUUUAUUUUUGAGGUUUGGAUUGUUAGAAUGCCAUCAGCGUUAUCUAUUUCUUCACAUGUUGUCCAUGGAUAUGUUGGAAAUCGGGCAAUGGUAUUCCCACUUCAAUUUUCAGGCUGGGAUGUUGAUGCAUUAAAUACUACAAACUAUUCAAAUCAUCCUGGGUAUGGGAAAUUUAAGGGAACUAAAAGUACUACAGAUGGGGUUAAAGAUCUUUUCCAAGGUUUAAAUGAUAUUAUUGAUCUUGCCAAGGAUUAUCAAUUAAUUAUUACUGGAUACACACCAUCUAAAGAUGUGUUACAAAUUGUUUUCGAUCAAAUAAGUGAAUUAUAUAAUUCAAAUAUGAAUCCUACAUGGAUUUUAGAUCCAGUUUUAGGUGAUAAUGGGAAAUUAUAUGUACUGGAAGAUAUAAUUCCAGUUUAUAAAAAAAUCUUGAGCAGCGGGCACGUGACAUUGACUACACCAAAUCAAUUUGAAUUUGAAUUAUUAAGUGGGGUUAAAAUUAAUGAUUUAGAUUCAAUUAGACAUGCUUGUGAAAAGUUUAAAUCAAUUUUUAAAGUAAGUAAUCUUGUUAUUACUUCAAUAGAAUUCAUUGGGAAAAUAUAUUCAAUUGGAUAUACAUCUUCAAAUGAAUUAUUUUGUAUUGAAAUUACAAAAAUUGAAUGUUCAUUCAAUGGAUGUGGAGAUUUAUUUACUGCCUUAUUAGCAAAUGAAUUUUAUAAUAAUCAACUUGAACUUACUCCUAAAGUUCUUGGUAAUGUAUUAAAUAGAUUGCACAAGAUUUUGCAACAUACAUUUGAAUGCGAAAAGACUGAAAAUAAAGAGCCCUUUACAGUGGUGAAAGAUCUUCGGAUUAUUUCUCUGAGACAAUACUUACUCGAGCCUAGCCAGGUGCUGGAUUAUGAUGUGAUAUACCUAUAG